UCCCGUUCCCGUUCCCAUGGCGGCGGCGACAGCGGCGGAUCCAGGUCCGGUUGCGGGUGGCGAGCAACGCUCCGAUCGCGCCGGUACCAACACCGGCACCACCACCGGCGGCAGCAGCAGCAGCAGCAGCAGCGGCGGCGGCGGGAGCAGCCCCGGGUCGGUGGAGCUGGCGGCGGCGCGGCGGCGGCUGGUGGCGGCGGAGGGGCGGCGGCGGGCGGCGGCGGAGCUGGAGGGCCGGGUCCGGCAGGUUCACUGCGCCCUGCGGCACGCCGAGCUCCGCCUGGCCGCCCGCGCCGAGGCCCUGGGCCGGCUCGGGGCCGGCGUGGCCCAGGCCCAGCUGGCGCUGGCGGCGCAGAGCCAGCGGCUGCAGAAGGGGCUUCUCCGCCGCCGCCCCCCCCGCCCCCGCCCCGCCGCCCUCUCGGCCGCCGCCCGCGCUUUCCGCAGCUGCGUCCCCUGGACUGUGCACCCCCCGCGGGGGCAGAGAGCAGAAGAGGACUGGUCCUCACGACGGCACCGGAACCGCUUGCCUCCCAACAAGCUGGAUUUUUUGGGACUGCUUUGA